CCCGAAAAGACCUAAAUAAUUUUCUACGAAGUGAAUGUAGUUGCACCAAAUCGAGCCAUGGAUACUGCAUUUCCAUGAAGCGACACGGUGCAUUUUUUACGUUAAAUACGAGCAAUGGAUAGGUAUUUUCCUAUUUAAUCUAAAAUCUGAAAUGUAGCUGCAAUUUUAAAUGCAUAUUUAGCAUCUAGAGGCCGCCUAAUCGAGGCUUGAAAAAUCAAAGAUGGCAGCCAGUUCAGGAAUAUCCCUAAAUUACAUGGAAAAUGGAGAUAUUUCUUCAGGUGUCUCCAGUACCAAACAUAAUGAACUAAGGAAAAAAAUGGAAAAAUUGCACCGAAGCUAUAUUAGAGGAAAGGAAUGGAAGGAGAGCAUGAGAGUUGUUCAACAGAAUCUGUCGAGGGACAAGAAAAUGAUGGUUGAAGAAAAGGAUGUCACUACAAUACGGUCAUGUUUGGACAGGCUUCAAAGCUGCAUCAAAGUGGUCAGUCAGCAGACUCUUCUAGAACGACUGGAAGCGUCCGCCAGACAGGUCGGCCUAAUGUUCACCAUUCCUGCUUCUUCGGAAAAGAGUGCCAUUAUCAGCAACGAAAUGUUCCGAAUUGAAAUCAUUUUUGAUCCCGGAGGCCUUGUCAAAGAUGUUCGUGUUAGUCACCAGGGAGAACCUAGCAGCUGUGAUGAAAUUUUAGAAGUUUUGAGACAAGGAAAUUUUGAAGAAUUUAUUGUUCACCUGAAAGGAUUACAGAAUAUAUAUAAUGUACCAGGAGAUAGGAAGCAGAAAUCCAAAUUGUUUCUAGCUCUCCAAGCACUGGAGACAGACCUGAAUGGUUUGGCCCAGCUACAGAGUUCCAUCAAAGGUGUGUCAAACUGCAUCCACAAGUCUCCCUUAGGAAUCCUAUUGCCAAGGAAAGGAGGCUGCCCAAUGAAGCUUGUAUACUAUGUAUCUCCCUAUGAUUUGCUGAACAAGAAGUCUAGGUCGCCAUAUCCAAUGACUGUAGAAGCCAUAACAGAGAAUGGUUUGGGACAGAGUGUUACAGUGUGUAUAGAACAGCAUCCUCAUCGACGACUACAGACGAUACCAUUAAUGUCUGUCAUACAGCAGGAUGGCAAAAGCUUGCCAUCUUUCCAAGCCUUAUCUCAGGUCAACAGUACAUCACUGCCAGCGUGUUUUACUCUGGUGCUGGCCAAACCAAUCCCUGUAGCUGUAUCCAUAAUCCAGGCCAUACAGGAAGUCACAGAUAUUGAUGUGAUAACAGAAGGGGCACCUGAUACUUUACUACAGUUGCUGCUUAGUCAGUCCUCCAAUGGCAAAGCCAGACCAGGCUCAGAGUUCUAUGUGACUCUACCAGACCAGCAGCAUGCUUAUUAUCUGACGGAUAUCGGAGAGAGUUCUUUAGACCAGACAGCUAGAAUGGUCAGUAGAAUACCCUUUACGCACCCAACAAAUGUUGCCAACAUACUGAACCUGCUACGCCAACAGUUAUUGUUCAACACAGUGGUCAGCAGUUGUAUACGACCCUACGCAAAACAGGAUUUACUGUCCUCAGUGGUGUUUCAGCUAGUCUGCACCUCUCUACAGCAUUUCAGUGUCAUGUUUGAACAUCCACUACAGGACACCAUGGUAACUGCUGAGGUUGACCUUUCUGACAUCACAGGGGUAAAAUUCAGGGUCAGUGUCGCUGAAGAAGGAGAAGAUUUGUUAUCAGAUGAUGCUGCUUCCAAAAUUUUCCAGAGGUGCUUGUCUAUCCCUGUGACCUUGAGAUCUGUGAUUCACAAAGUUUCGGAACAACUACGCAAGGAGCCUUCCCCAGAGCCUUCCCCUGUUUCCAUGGAGACUGACCAUCCUCCAUUUGUGAUGCCUGCUGAAGUCACCUUUGCCACACCUUAUCUGCCAUCACUAGACAAUAAAACUCUGACCAGUCCAGCAAACCUGGGAAUUCCCAAUGUUAAGAUUCCGCCAGGGUUCGGGGGAUUCCCUGUUCCUAACAGUGCCACAGUGGGGACAAUGUUACCUCCUCCCCCUGUGGAAGAUUCCAAGAAAGUGGACGCAGAUGUACCUGGAAGUAAUCCUCUGUUAGUGACUUUAUUAGAUCAGGAUUCUCCAGAUCCAGACCCUCCCCCAGUCAAUGAGAGCCCCAUGUUGUCUAAACUGUUGGAGGAUGCACCUCUGCAUAACCAGGCCUCUUUAACCAAUAAUAACAAUAACAAUGUGGCAAACCUUGCUAGCAGUGUGCCUGUGCCACUUAAAAGUGGGCGAGGACGACCACCAAAGAGGAAGUCAGUGACAGAAUCCCCCCGGGGGAAAAGUCCCAAGCACAGGUUAACUGAGAGUGAAUUUCAGAGUCAUUCAUUUGAUUCGAUAAGCUCGUUUGAUUCAGAUUUUCAAACUGGGAUAGAAACACCACGUUCCCAUCAUUUCUCACUGUCAUCACCAAUUGAUCUAACAGAAGAUUCUGUGAAUCCGUUACGGAGAUUGGAGAACACAUUAGACAGUAUUCAAUCCAAGACAUCUCAUCACCCUAGUGACCCUUUGUCUGAUCUAUCCAGUGAGCUUGAAUCAAUGCAGGAUGUCAAUAUUUUCAAUCAAACGACUUCUGUGCCAAAAAACAUGGCAAGGUCUACCUCUCUUGAGGGCAUCCUCAACAGGUCGGGAGAGGCGUCAAGGACAAAUGACCUACUUAAACCUCAUCAUCACCUCCAAAACAGCACCGAGACACCAAAUCACCAGACACGGAAGACUUUGACACGACAGAAUUCAGUGGGGAGGGGAACUCAGUUCCAGCAGCAAAUGUCUGUAGACUCUAAUGACAGUUUUAAACUAGGCAGCAAUUUAUCUUUUUCUCGUUCAACCAGUUUCACACAAGGAAACAUAAGUGACAGUGACACUUCAGAUCAGACAUCUCUGUAUUCCAGCAAGUCAUUUGAUGUGACGGAUUCUUUAAAUUUCAGUCCCAUGAGUAACUCUUCUGUGUCACGUGUCGAUGUCGGAGAUUCUUCUGAGAAUAAGAUCGUUCACAAAGAUUUACGCUCUCUUUUGCUUGGUUCACCCAAUGAAAAUAGUGUCUUACCAAAUAAGGAGCUGAAAAUUAAAAAUGCAAAAGGGAAAAUGAGAAUGAAGCUUUCGGGAAUCAAGAAUUCCGACUUGUUGGGAAUAAACAAUAAAAAAUCUAGUGCUGAGGCUUAUGACUUCAACAGUGAUGAAGAGGAUUGUAAUGACUUAAAGAUGAUGUCCGCCUCACCGGCUGGAUUACAUUUAUUUAACAAAUCAAAAAAUGCCAAACACUUUUUGAAUAAGUAUGGGAAAAGUGACAAAUUGAAAAAGAAAGAAGCAAAAAAUACUGAACCUGGAAAGAGAAAGCGAGACAAAAAAGAAAAGGAGCAUAAGAAAAGAAAACGUUUAGAAAGUAACAGUCGAGGUGCGUCGUGUGAAAUGUAUAGUGCUACACCUGUGGAGAGUGAAGAUAAAACAUCAACAAAGCUCAAGAUCAUUAAAUCUGUAGGACUUUCUAUGGAAAAUAGCCCCAGAUCUUCACCUUCUAGCCGAGACAAGGGCGACGGAGUGAAAAAGUACGAAAGCAAAUCAAAUGUUAACAGUCAAAAGUCAGGUAAAAAUUCCCACAAGUCUCUAUCUAUGUCCAGUGUUAGUGUUAGUAAAGAAGACUCCAAAUUAAUGACUAAAACCCCCAAAAUCAAGCUAAAACCGAUUGCAAUACCCUCUAGUUCUGCUGUUACCAGUGCUAAAACCCCCACCCCAACAUCCUCACCCACACAGUGCAAGUCUGGUUCAUCCACACCUACUUCAACAACAAUUGGUAGGAUCGGUGCUGUGUCCAUUCUAACCUCUGGAAAUUCUAAAACAGGAACAAUUACCCCUCCUCCUGGAAAAGUGACCACCCCAACUUCUUCAAAAACUCCACUCCCCUUUGGGGGUUCCUCGAAAACAUUUCCAAGCAAUAAAAAUGUUGCCUCCUCUUCGUCUACCUCACAAAAGGCUGCAGCAGUGGAGAGAAAGCUCUCCCAAAGCAGUCGACUGUCUUCUGGAAUUUCCAAAAGCUCAAAUGGGAAAUACUCCAGUGAACGGAAAAGUGGCUCUCCCUCAUUUUCAGGGAGUAAGAGCAGUUUGAACUCUUCUAAGUCAUUGAACUCAUCCAGCAAGGGGCAGUCAUCUACUUCCUUUGGCAAGAAUUCCACUAAUCCACUUAAUUCUGUUUUGUCAUUCUUAAAUCCCAAAGACAAAGGGCUGUCAAGCCUUCCACGCAUUCCCAAAAUCAGUUCUGCAUCCUCAUCCAAUGUGAACAGUACCAAAACAACUGUUUCUAUGACCACCACAACUGUCACUAUGACAACUACAGUGGCAACAAGUGUUGCUGGAACACCAAAAAUAACAACUGUGAACUCGCACACUGGUACAAAAGUCAGUGUGUCGAAUCAGUUCCAAGGAGGACUGAAAAACUCCCCCAGUUCACUGGGGACACCAAAGACUCCAACAGGUGGGAACUUUUUAGCUAAUACCAAAAGUAAUGUGAAUUUGACCUCCGGCCAUAAGGGAAAUAUUUCUGGUGGAAAUUCCCCCAGUGUAAGGGGUAACCAACUGGGAAACAGAUCUCCAAGCAUCAGUAAUUCUUCCAACAACAAAUCACCUAGCAGUUCAGGCAAGUCACCCUUAAGUCAAGCAAACAAGCCUGGAAAUGUGAGCAGACAGAACUCUAAUUCUAAUCCUCCUAGAACACCUGUUGGAGGUAAUACCUCUCAUCCAUUAAAGACACCUCCUAGUGCUAGUACUAGUCCAAAUAUCAACAAGCUCAAUUCCAGCAGUGUUAGUAACAGUGCAAGCAAGACCAUCCCACAGAGUAGUCCAAGUAACUACCCCACCAAACCAGCUACAGGGCAAGGGUCAAGUGCUAUGACAUCUUCCAGAAAUUCUAAUAGUCCAGUUGUGAGUCAGUCUCUAACAAGUAAGACCAUGAACAAUUUGACGAAAGCUUCUGAAUCACCCAAGUCUGUUAUGGCAGCUAGCAAAGUCACGAGUCCGAUAACUUUGAGCUUGGAAACACCACCAAAGACAACUGCCAGCUCUCUGGUGUCUCCCACCAUAUCCUGUCCCUCUUCCAAUUCCAAGAUCCGCCCCCGAAAAAGCUCUCUCUCAGCAGUGAUAGAUAAACUGACGAAUGCCAAAGUGCCUCAUGGAUUGGGAGGAGAAAUUAAUAGGCAGAACUCUGUGGAUGAACCAGAGCAAACCAAACAGAAAACAGAGAGUUCAUUAGAAAGUGUGGACAGAGCUAAUGGUAGCUCAGAAAAACAUGGAUCUGACCUUAAGUCAGACUCCAGUGAUAAAAGUAUUCCCACCAAAGAUGUCUCAAGUGGAAUUGAUAAAAACAAGGAUUACAAAAUUGUUGAUAAUUCACGAAAUUUAUUUGCAUCACUUCUUAAAAGUGCUUCAGAAAAUUUUUCUUCCAGACAUGAUAAGGACGACAAGGAAAAUGUGGCAAAAAAUGAAGUCGGUAAGAGUGUGGAUGUGAAUGAGGAGAUGGAAUCCAAAAUUAAAGAUUUAUCUAUGCAGACAAAUAGUAAAAAAUCCCCCAAAGCAAGUCCAAAAGUGAAUGGUGAAACGGCCACAGUAGAGAGUGUCCGUAAGGAAGGUGAUGUGUUCAAAGUGCCAACUCCUAAAAGUGUGGUGGCCAUUGACGAAAUGAAUUGUGAGGAUAUAGAGAACAUGUCUGUGCGGAGGAAAGCGAGGAUAAGCACUACAAAGCCUGUUCUUAGCCCCGCCAGCUCAGGUGGAAGCCCUGAAAAUCUGAUCAUCGAUUGCCAAUCUCCCCGUCAAAACAUCAGCAAGAAUAACUCACCCAAAUGUGUGAUCGACCUUAACGAAGAAAACAAGAAAUUGUCUCCAGUGACAGUGGUCAGUUUCCGUCAGAAAACACACACACCUUCUCCCAAACCGAAACCUUCUCCAAACCCUUCACCCAGAUCUAUUCAACACAGCUCGCCUGCUGGAUCCAUAGAUUUAGACGACGAUUUAAUGAAUGAGGCCCUUAUGGGUUUUACGAGCUGAUAAAACUGUUACGUCAUAUAUAUCAUUUCAGUGUGUUAAUGACUCAGUGUAGGGUGUUGCUCAAAUGAUAUACUCAUGGCAGUGUUGAAUGUUAAGAUUUUUUUUCAUUUAAGCAUCCUGCAUUAUGUGUUCUCUUCAGAGAGUCCUGCUUGCUUUAUUUAAUUUUAGAUGAAUUUAUUUGUUAUUUAUUGUAUUAACUUUUCUUUACACACACUAAUAAAGUUACCUAGCAGAAUCUCUGUUGGAAGAGCCAAUUGUAAGACUUCAAAUCCACUUUUCUGAUAUAGAUUUUUUUCCUGUUACAAAAUUUCUACUUAUUUUGGGAGGAGAGCCUUUUUAAAAUUUCUCUGCAAGCUUAUAUGAAUGAGUGAUCUUUAUUUUGACGUGAUUAAUAUGUACAUGUAUGCAGGGUUUAAGUAAGAAAUUGACCUGUUUUAGCAGUUGUCAGACAUUGCAAACAAUUGAUAUGUGAUCUGUUUGUUUAUUGUACCAGUUUUCUUGUAAGAAAUUCUUUUAUCUGAAAAGUUUAAGAUAAAAACAGAGAAGUCUGUAAAUGGUGCUAAUUUAUGUAUUUACAUUAAUACAAAAAAAUUCCCCUGCUGAAUGUGAAAUGAAACUGAGAAAUCUUAUGAAAAAAGAGGCGCUUUGAAUGCUUAAAAUAUUAUGUGAAGGAAUUUCUUAAAUGUUACAAUUUUAAAAACCAUCAAUUUUAAGAAGUGAUGAAUUUGUUAAAUACUUUUCUCAUGCCGCCUAUGAUGAUUUAUGAUUUUAUCUGAAUUAUUGGUUGAUACCCCGUCUAACAUAGUCAAUUUUUUUACUUGUUAUAUUUUCCUCUGUUGCAUGUGACCUUCUCCUGAUCUUAUCAUCAUACUUAACAUAUGGUUAUAACAAUAUGAAUAGGACAGGAAUAGCCAAUAAGUACAUAUCGUUUAUGUAAUUUUUAAAACCUGAAAGGCGCACAGAAUCAUAUACCUAUGUAAUAUGAAAUCUACCAAAGAUAAAGAUCAUAAUUUUUAAAGGAACUUUUGAGUUUCACCCAAGCCUUCCUCGAAAGUUUAUUAUUAGCAGUUAUGAUUAAGGAAAAACAAAAUCCGUAAUUAAUUUUUAGUCCCAGUUAGGUACUUGGCUUUGAGACUUGAAUAAAUGGCAAUCUAGUCUUUCUCUCAGGUGUUUGUUGUCUGGGAGGUUCUAGUUUGAUUAAUGACACAAUAACAUUCAUACUGCAGUAGAACAAAGUUUGAAAGAAUCUAAUUAUUCUGAAAUACAUCUUUUAAACCAGGUUAACCUUUCAUCCUCAUCAUGUAAAAGGUAAAUUCUGUGCCAUAGCAAUGAAAAUUUUCAUUAAGUUUGCUAUAGAGAACAUUGGAUAAUUAUUAUUCCCUCAAAAAUCCUGUGACUUUUCAAGCAGAGAAUUUUUUGUUUAUUUGUGUUGAACUCCAAGAAUUCUUUCAUAUUGAUUUUUGAUAACCGUUUAGGAAAUUUUGAGAAUAUAGAUAUUUUAUUUAAUAUAAUUUUUAUUUAAAUAUUGUUAUUUUGUGAGAUUAAGAUAAGUAUUAAUUUAAAGAAUCUUGGUACAAUGAGUCAUUGUUGAUAAUGUUACAAAUCAUCAAGGACAACAAAGAAAGUGUCCGCAGUAGGAGGUUAUUUUAAUUCUCACGUAAGGGACCAGCACUGGUGUUCCAAAAUUUUCUAGAAGUUGAAAAAACAUCAUAAUUUAAAAAAGUAAAAUGACAUCCGAUCUUGAACAAACAACAAAAUCAGAUAAAUAAGAGGGGGUAAACAUAUUUUCAGGUUUCUUCAAAACUAUGGCAGUGGAAGGUAGACAUUAUGGGCAACAGCACAAUAAUACUCAUAAGUAAAUACCGAAAAUGUUGUGUGAAUUUCAAUUGCACUUUUGUCUCCGAAGAAAAAGAAAUUAUUUAUUUUAGUACUAAAUGGAUGGAUAACCCCCCCCCCCCCCCCUUUCCCAAAUUUUAUAAAUGCUGUGUAUUUAUUGGUCGGAUGCUGUUUUAUUUCUAAUGUAUUUGGAUUGUUUAUUAUCGUAUUGGUUAAAGUUAUGUUACUGUAUUGUCAUUAUUGCUUAACAUGAAGCAAUUUGUAUUGAAGCAUCACACUGAAAGAAAUCUGUACAUACAUGUAUUCAUGUAUUAUGUCCCUUUUUUGUACAUAUAUGUAGAUAAAGAAAAAAAAUCAUCUGUUGACAAUUUUUUUAUUGUAUGAAAUAAAAUCAGCAAUUGUGGAAAAACGUAUUUAUUUGAAUAUAUAUCUGUACACACAUACAUAUAUAUUUCUUCCAUAUAGGAGGGAUUUUAUAAUGUUCUGUUAUUUGUAAAUACAAAUGGAGUGUAUAUAUGGCUGAUCUAUCAAUGUAAAUGCUGUCAGAAUUUUUUUUUUCCAAUGCUGUAUUUUGUACAUUUUAGAUUUCUAUAUAUUAUAUAAAAUGAUGGUUUUAUCUGAC